AUGGUUUCGGAAGCGAAUUGGUCCAAAUUUUCCGCAGCACUAUUCCGACCUUCUGCGCCAGAUGAUAGAACUUUUAAAGUAGUCUGUAAAGCUAAUGAUCAUUAUACUAAAAAAGAAUUUAAGUUAGCCAUAUACGAAUAUACAAAAGCAUUAGCAUUGAUACAACCAAGUUCAGAUCCAAAAAACUCGUCGUCAUUUUCAGCAUUAAUAUUUUCAAACAGGAGUGCAAGUUAUUAUCAAUGUAAGAAAUGGGCUGAGGCCGUGAAUGAUGCUGAUCAAGUAAUCCGUAUGAGACCCGAAUGGCCAAAGGGAUAUUUUCGUAAGGCCGAAGCAAAUCUACAAUUAGGAAAAUAUGAUGAUGCUUUAGAAGAUUAUCAUAUGGCACAAAGAAAAGAUCCAAAAAACCCACAAAUACCGUUACGAAUCGCUAAAGCUUUAACCUUGAAGGAGAAUCAAGAAAUGAAUUUAGCGAUAUACGCAUUAAUGCCUGGACGUGAAAUCUGUUUGCAUACGAUGACAAACCCCAUACAGAAUAAAAUAUUUGAUUUUGCAAUAGAUAUGAAAAAUAUAAUUUAUAUUAUAGCAGAUCUAGCAACGCGUAAAUGUGUGGUGGUUGAUGCGUGUUGGGAUGUUGAUGGAAUAUUAAAAUUUGUUAAAAAGAAGGGGUUGGAACUUGUCGGAGGCAUCGUAACCCAUUAUCAUUUUGAUCAUGUCGGAGGCAUACCGCCACCGCCAUUUGAUCAAUUACGUGUCAAAGUAUCAGGAAUUUAUAACUUGAUGCGUCGGGUACCCAAAUUAUCCGUGUACAUGCAUCCAGCAGACAUACCAUACGUAUUAAAAUCCAACCCGGGAAUGUCAGGAUUGAGAUCACGCUUCGUUUCAACACCGGAUCAAUUCGCGAUGACGUUAGGUAAUUUCACCCUGUUACGAUUCAUACAUAUGCCGGGACAUACGGAAGGUAGUCAAUCCAUACUUGUUAAUGAAUCAAGAUUAUUUACCGGUGAUACUUUAAUGGUUGGAUGUACCGGAAGGUUGGAUUUACCUGGUGGGAAUUUAAAAGAAAUGAAAAAGACCCUAAAGGAGAGAUUGGGUAAUUUGGAGGAUGGUACAGUGGUUUAUCCCGGUCAUAAGUAUGGUAGAGAAUGGACUACGAUUGGGAUGGAAAGGGAAAAGGGUGUUAUCGGAAGAUCAAGGAGAUAA